UAAGACUGAAAAAUACAUGGUAGCUUCAUGCCUUGCUUGUCAACAAAGCAUUCUUCUUUAGCUUUUUAAGCUUUACCCUAUUAAAUUGAAAUUUCUCUUCCCUUCUCUCCCUCUUCUGCCCUCUUUGCUUCACUCGUUUGUUUCCCCUAAAAAGAAUCCAUUCAAAGCUAGAGUUUCAGACAUUCAAACCCGUAGAUUUUGAGUUUUAAUGAAGGAUAUUCAGAUCGGAGUUCGAUAUUAGAGGUGUUUUUGAAACUGGGAUUUUUUUAGCGAUGGAAUCCGGUGCCGGUUCUCGUUAUGUUCAUCAUCUACUUGGACCGGAGCUUCAGCUUCAAAGAUCAUCGGAACCCCAAUUCAACUCGCCGGAGAAACAAGGAACAACCGAUCAUCCUAGCGCAGCCACUACAAGCUCUGGAGGAGGAAGUACCACUCCGGGAAGAAGACCUAGAGGACGUCCAGCGGGAUCCAAGAACAAGCCGAAACCACCCAUAAUCGUUGCUCGCGACAGUCCGAACUCGUUGAGAUCCCACGUGCUCGAAAUCUCUUCCGGUUCAGACAUAGUUGACUCGGUGUCGGACUACGCACGGCGGCGCGGCCGUGGCGUUUGUGUACUCAGCGGGACCGGUGCCGUCACGAAUGUCACGUUACGGCAACCGGCUGCUCCACCUGGAAGUGUCGUAACACUACACGGUCGGUUCGAGAUUUUAUCUUUAACCGGGACUUCUCUCCCACCGCCAGCACCGCCUGGAGCUGGUGGAUUGACGGUUUAUCUCGCCGGCGUUCAAGGUCAAGUAGUCGGAGGAAGCGUGGUGGGUCCGUUAAUGGCUUCAGGUCCAGUCGUAUUAAUGGCUGCAUCGUUCGCCAAUGCAGUUUACGAUAGGUUACCUCUCGAAGAAGAAGACCCACCACCCGUUCACGAACAACAACCAGCAGCUUCACAAUCAUCCGGAUUAACCGGCAGUGGUGGCGGAAACAACAACAACAGUGGCACAACCGGAACCGGCGUAGGCGGCGGCGGCGGGGUUCCUUUCUAUAAUUUGGGACCAAACAUGGGAACUUAUCCAUUUCCAGGUGAUGUAUACGGUUGGAGUGGUAGUGCAACGAGACCUCCCUUGUAAAUCUUCACUAUGAAUCAAAGAACAACGUUUAUAAGUUCUGGGUUUUGUUUUUUCUUUUCUUUUUCAUCAUAGGAUUAUGAACUUGAUGAACACAAAUCAAUGAAUCAUCACAAGGUCUCAAAUUUUUGGUC